AUGAUUGCUCUUUUAUUAAAUACGAACACCAACUUCGGUACCCCCAUUGACAAGAUAUAUUCUGUUAAAACAACCCUCUCAUUCCCAGAGAAUGGUUAUCCCAACAAACAAAGCGUUUUGGAGGCCGUAAACGAGUACGCUCUUUCUAACAACUUUACCAUCAAAAUUAAGGAUGGAAAGUUUCUAACACUUCACCUUGCUUGUUCAAAGGCUGGUGCCUAUCGUGAUAAGCGUAACAUCAGCGAGGAUAAAAGAAAGAAGGCCCCUAACUCUUCCCUCACUGGAUGCCCCUUCCUAUUGAUAUUUUCUUUUAAAAAUAAGAGUCAGAGAUACCUUCCCUUGCCUGUCCGCGGUGACAAUGAACAUUGUCAUAACCACCCCAUCACCCCAAACAACUUGGCGUCUUCUCACCAGGGAAGAAUGUCUCUCCUGACUUCGGAAGAUGCAAUUAUCGCAAAGACAAUGCUAGAAAACCAUGCCAAGACUCGCGAUAUUCAGAAAGCUACAAGAGAUAAGGUCACGGGAAUGAGAAAGCUGAGAAUUAGCGAUAUCAACAACCUGAAGUAUAACUCUUCUCGUGGUGGUUAA